AUGGUCCUCAGGAUUGGCGGUUGGGUGUUGACUUACCGCCAAGUUCGAACGUGGUUGGAGCUGGGCGGGCAGGACACCAAGAACCUCAAACCCUAUGAGCUUUCCGGAGCACUAGACGAUUGGUUCAAGGAGAGGAAAAUUGAGGACAUGACUCCCAUUCCGACUGACUAUCCUCACGGAACCAAAAAGCCAGUUGUCAUUCUGGCAACGAGAUACUACCAGGAUCCCGCUGCGACGGUGACGCACUACACGCUUUUCGUGGAGAAGGGAGACAAGACGGAUAGAGACACGGCAGUGGAGAAGGAAGACAAGGGCGGUGGAGUAGAGAAAGAGGACGGCGAUAAAGAGGAAUAG